CGCCUGCGCUGGAAGCCGCAGCCACCGCCACUCCUGCUCUCUCUGCGCCGCCACCGUCACCACCGCCACCGCCACCGGCUGAGUCUGCAGUCCUCGAGCCUCUAGGGACUGGAGCCUGACCCCAGGAUGCUGUCCCCAGACUCCUCUUGAAAAGAGGAGGAACUCAUAUUUGGGAGACAGGAGAUCCCAACCAUCAUCAUGUCUAUAGAGAAGAUCUGGGCCCGAGAGAUCUUGGACUCCCGUGGGAAUCCCACCGUGGAGGUGGAUCUCUAUACUGCCAAAGGUCUUUUCCGGGCUGCAGUCCCCAGUGGAGCCUCCACUGGCAUCUAUGAGGCCCUGGAGCUAAGGGAUGGGGACAAGCAGCGUUACUUGGGCAAAGGUGUCCUGAAGGCAGUGGACCACAUCAACACCACGAUCGCACCAGCCCUUGUCAGCUCAGGUCUUUCCGUGGUGGAGCAAGAGAAACUGGACACCCUCAUGCUGGAGCUGGACGGGACUGAGAACAAAUCCAAGUUUGGGGCCAAUGCCAUCCUGGGUGUGUCUCUGGCUGUGUGUAAGGCCGGAGCAGCUGAGAGGGACCUGCCCCUCUAUCGUCACAUUGCUCAGCUGGCUGGGAACUCAGACCUCAUCCUGCCUGUGCCGGCUUUUAAUGUGAUCAAUGGCGGUUCUCACGCUGGAAACAAGUUGGCCAUGCAGGAGUUCAUGAUCCUCCCAGUGGGUGCUGAGAGCUUCCGGGAUGCCAUGCGACUUGGGGCAGAGGUGUACCACACACUCAAGGGGGUCAUCAAGGACAAGUAUGGCAAGGACGCCACUAAUGUGGGCGAUGAAGGUGGCUUUGCUCCCAAUAUCCUGGAGAACAGUGAAGCCUUGGAGCUGGUGAAGGAAGCUAUCGACAAGGCUGGCUACACGGAGAAGAUUGUGAUUGGCAUGGACGUAGCUGCCUCUGAGUUUUAUCGUGACGGCAAAUACGACUUGGAUUUCAAGUCUCCCACUGACCCUUCCCGAUACAUCAGUGGGGACCAGCUGGGGGCACUCUACCAGGACUUUGUUCGGAACUAUCCUGUGGUCUCCAUUGAAGACCCCUUUGACCAGGAUGAUUGGGCAGCUUGGUCCAAGUUCACAGCCAAUGUCGGCAUCCAGAUAGUGGGUGAUGACCUGACAGUGACCAACCCAAAGCGUAUCGAGCGGGCCGUGGAGGAAAAGGCCUGCAACUGUUUGCUGCUCAAGGUCAAUCAGAUCGGCUCGGUCACAGAAGCCAUCCAAGCGUGCAAGCUGGCCCAGGAGAACGGCUGGGGGGUUAUGGUGAGUCAUCGCUCGGGAGAAACAGAGGACACAUUCAUCGCUGACCUGGUAGUGGGCCUGUGCACAGGCCAGAUCAAGACUGGUGCUCCAUGCAGGUCUGAACGCCUGGCGAAGUACAACCAGCUCAUGAGAAUUGAAGAAGAGCUGGGGGACGAAGCUCGCUUCGCGGGACAUAACUUCCGAAAUCCCAGUGUGCUGUGAUCGCUCUGCUGCCUGGAGACUGGACCCUCCACCUCAUCCUCCCGAAGCCCCCUCCCUGCAGUCCUGACCUGCCAUAGUUCACCCUGGUACCUGAGCCCAAAGUCACCCAGAACGCCUCAACUCACCUGCUCAUGGCUGCCGCGACCCCUUGCUGUCUCUGCUCUUCCCCCUCUCCGGACCCCAGUUGUGGGGAUUCCAUUCUUCCUACUUUCCCGUCUAUUCUCUCUUCUCCUAAAAAAAACAGAAGUGGAAAUGGGAAUGAAGAUUAGCAGGGGGUCCACAGAGCAUCGCUGUGUGACAGGAGCUCCAGGGUUGGUGUGCUGAGCGUUUAGAAUGGGGCCAUGUGGCUCAAAUGCGUCACUGUUGUUUCCCAUGAUGUGGAUAAGCCAUGGACUAUGCAUAGAACUGGUGUCUGGGGAGUGCUGGAUGUGUGAUCAUGUGUGGUAAGGCUUUAGUGUGUGUGUGUGUGUGUGUGCGAGCCCUCGUGUGUAUCUCUAUUUAUUUACUUAUUUAUUUUAUUGUUCAGCUUGUUAAUCAGUCAGCUCCCCAUAACUGUAGUCUGAAACUGACAUAACUCGACAGGACUCGGCAUCUGUAUUUUCACGUGGCUGCAUCCCGAGAUGACCCGGGAUGGGAGGUUUUGCUCGCCUGAGGAGGGUAACAGGAAAGAACCUUAGCGAUUAUUUCACCUAGUGCACUAGCUGAAGCUUGCACUUCACAGAAUGUCGCUGUGUGCCUGGAGGGCUUUUCCGCUCUCUCCCCAGCCCUAGGUCUUCCUCCAGCUGCACCAGAGCACGGCCUCUCUCCCCCAUGCCUUGUUCCACAGUUGCUGCCCUCUCUGUGGCUUUGAAAUGAGCACCACCAUUAAAGUCUGAAUCACAGUGA